GAUCAUGAAGAAGUUGCAAAACGAGGUAAGGGGUAUUCUUAAUGGAAAACAAGAUAUAGCUCAUAAUGACCUGGAGAAUAUGCAUUUUCUAAAAGCCGUGAUCAAAGAAACUCUUCGUUGUCAUCCUCCGGUCCCUUUUUUGGCCCGAAUAGCAAGCGAAGAUGUCGAAAUAAUGGGAUACGACGUAGAAGCUGGCACAAUGAUCUUAACCAACAGUUGGGCAAUAGGUAGAGACCCUGCAUCCUGGGAGGAGCCCGAAAAGUUUCAACCACAGAGAUUCUUGAAUUCCUCUAUAGAUUUCAGAGGACUAGAUUUCCAACUGAUUCCAUUUGGUGCAGGCAGAAGAGGGUGCCCGGGAAUUGGUUUCGCAAUGGCAACUAUUGAAUUUGCACUGGCAAAUCUUGUCCAAAAGUUUGACUGGAAAUUGCCCAAUGGAGAAAAAGGAGAGGAUUUGGACAUGACUGAAUAUCCUGGUGUUACAGUUCGUAGGAAGAAACCUAUUCUUGCUGUUGCCACUCAACACUGCUUCUAGCACAGAUGAAGUUCCACUUUGAUUUCUUAAUAAAGGCUACGUUGUUAAUUUCAGUUUACAUUUUAUCAUACAAAAAACCGAUAUAUUUAUCGAGGGAGCUGACUUAAAUCCAAAGAUUCAAGCAUAUAACAAUUAGGGUACUAUGGACUUAUUGUGCUUCAGAGGGAUUUGAUUUUCUUAAAGUUUAUUAGAAAAUUAUUGGUUCCUGUGGACUGGCCCAGCAGAGUUCUGACAUAG